AUGUUUCUUGCCUUUUCUAAACCCAGGCUACAGGACUCGCACGAAAAGGACUUCAUUAACUGUGAUCAGUACUUGGAACAGGUGUUCGGCUGUCAGAGAAUGCGUUUCGCAGAAAUUCCCAAUCGUCUGGCCCAACUGCAACAUGCACCCGACCCGAUCGUCAUUAACCAUGUCAUCAUCAACGAAGGCGAGGAUCCCAACAAAACAUCCUGCUAUGACAUUGAAGUUGAAGUGGUAUGUUUCAGCCCUCUUCCCUCCGUUGUCGCCCAUUUAAUUAACUCUGACCUUUUGACUUACCCGGUUACUGCACGUUGUACAUUGUACAUCAACCCUUUAAAAGUCGACACCACUGUCUGCAAUAUGUUCAGGCGUACGUAUUAA